AACCCCGGGGGAGGAGUUCCGCCCCUCGGCCCCCGCCCCGCCACUGUCUGCUCUCUCUUGAGCCCACACUUGCGCUCCCAGUCUUUCUCCCGCGCCGAGCCCAGGCUGCGCUAUCCCCCCGCCAGGCACCGCAAGGCGGGCAGGCAGCCAGGAUGCAGGUCCCGCACAAGGAGCACCUGUACAAGUUGCUGGUGAUCGGAGACCUGGGCGUGGGCAAGACCAGCAUCAUCAAGCGCUACGUACACCAAAACUUCUCUUCGCACUACCGGGCCACCAUUGGCGUGGACUUCGCGCUCAAGGUGCUGCACUGGGACCCGGAUACAGUGGUGCGUCUGCAGCUCUGGGACAUCGCAGGUCAAGAAAGAUUUGGAAACAUGACCAGGGUCUACUACCGAGAAGCUAUGGGUGCAUUUAUUGUUUUUGAUGUCACCAGACCAGCCACAUUUGAAGCAGUGGCAAAGUGGAAAAAUGAUUUGGACUCAAAGUUAACUCUCCCUAAUGGAAAACCGGUUUCAGUGGUUUUGUUGGCCAACAAAUGUGAUCAGGGGAAGGAUAUGCUUACGAACAAUGGCCUCAAGAUGGACCAGUUCUGCAAGGAGCAUGGUUUCGUAGGAUGGUUUGAAACAUCUGCAAAGGAAAACAUAAACAUUGAAGAAGCCUCCAGAUGCCUGGUGAAGCACAUACUAGCCAAUGAGUGUGACCUCAUGGAGUCCAUCGAGCCGGACAUCGUGAAGCCUCACCUCGCGUCAACCAAAGUCGUCAGCUGCUCCAGCUGUGCCAAAUCCUAGCAGGCCGUUUAUUUAUUUUUAUUUUUAUUUUUACUGGCAGAUGAUAGUAAUGAUCCAAUCAUGCCAUACAUUGGGCCUCGUUUUUGUUUUUCACCAUUUUUCUAAAUGUCAGAAUAGGGAAACAAACUAGGCAGGCCAAAGAUCUAUGCCUCUGUCUUCCCUAGAAGAAACAGCAAGUGUUGUUUUCUCCCCACCAUCAGCACAGUGUUUACAUGCUUUUUUUUAAAAAAAAAAAAAUUGUUUUUAGUCUGUUACAGAUUUCUGUUUUAUAGCUGACCGAAAUUCUGCAGGAUCAGAGUCAGCCUUGUUAUUGCCUUUUUAAAAUCAGCAUAUGCCUAAGGACUCAAGGAGACUAAGAGAAGAACAAAUUAGCCGUCAGUUUUAUCAUUGACUGCUGCCUUGCCCUCAGUGUCUUUGUGCAAGUUUCAAUACGUCUCUGAUGGUCUGACAGGCCCAUUAGGUAGAAGAGCGGUGUUCGCCUGAGAUGACCUCCGUUCCAGGCAGAGCUAAGAGCUGCCUCUGAUUUAGCUCUUCAGAGUCAUGUACACAGGCUUCCUGUGCUUUUGUUGCCUUCAUUGUCACUUGCCAUGCAUUGAAUGUCGCUUUAACUGAAAACUGUAUGAAUGGCUCUGUCGCUUGUGUAUGGCCCUCUGUGACCUUUCUCUGACUCAAGCUGUGGGGCUCUUCUGUACAUGUAAUAUAUAUUAUAUAUAUAUAUAUUUUCACAUGUGGAAAUAAAACAUUCAAAAAUG